AUGUUUCUUUCUCUAGUUUUAAUUGAACUUUAUUCUUCUUUUUCUUUUUUCUUUUUCUUCUUCUCUUUCUUCUUUUUUCAUUCUUCUUCUCAUUAUUAUUAUUUUUUCUUAUUUUUCUUCAUCUUUUUGUUCUUUUUUCUUUUUAUUCCUCUUCUUCUUCUCCUUCUUCUUCUUCUUAUUUUUCUGCUUCUUCUUAUUUUUGAUGAACGAGCUUUGUUUUUACUUGCCCCUCUUCGCUUUGUUAAUUCCUCCUUUCUUCCUCUUUUUCUUUUUCUUCUUCUUUUUCUAUCUCUUCUUCUUCCAUUUCUUUCUAGAUUUAUUUUUAUUUGCUUUUCUUCGCUUUUGUUAAUUUCUUCUUUUUUCUUCUUCUUCAUUUUUCAUCUUGCUUUAUCUUCUUCUUUUUCCUCUUCUUCUUCUUCUUCUUCUUCUUCUUCUUCUUAUUAUUAUUAUUAUUAUUAUUAUUAA